AUGCGGGCAACUCUGGCAGGCCUGCGCAAGGCACACGCCAAUGCAGCCCAAUGGCACUUGGGUGCUCUUCGAAGACAGCCAGCAACGAUCUACUAUGGCCAAGCGGCCCAGCGACGAAGGCUCGCGACAGAACGCAGCAAGAAGGCGACAGACCCGACGGACGAGACAGUACGGUCAACAUCGGUGCUGUCCUCGUCUCCAUCGUCGGCAUCGACCGAGGACUGGGAGGAUGACCCGAACUUCAACAUUGAAAAGUUCUCGGAGCUGCCGAGCAGCGACUUUGGCGUAAACCAGCACAUGGUGAUCAACGACGAGUUCAAGGAGGCGCUGCGGCAGAUUCUGUGGCAAUUCCGGGCGCCGAUCCGAUAUGCAUUUGCCUAUGGCUCGGGCGUGUUCCCGCAGAGCAAACACGACGGCCACGUGGCGACAGAGGCGGAGAUCCGAGCCAUCCACCCCAAGGCACCACUGAGUGUGCAGCGCGCCCAGGACGGCACGCCCAAAAUGAUCGACUUCAUUUUUGGCGUGACAUACACGCAGCACUGGCACAGCCUCAACCUGCACCAGCACCGCGACCACUACAGCGGGCUGGGAUCGCUGGGAUCAGCCGCGGUGGCCCACGUGCAGGACCGCUGGGGCGCCGGCGUGUACUUCCACCCGUACGUGGUGGUCAACGGGAUCCUGGUCAAGUACGGGGUGGUGAACCUGGACACGCUGUGCGGCGACCUGAGCGAGUGGCAGACACUCUACCUGGCCGGGCGGCUGCAGAAGCCGGUCAAGAUCCUGCGCGACGAUGCGCGCGUGCGGCUGAGCAACCAGAUCAACCUGCUGUCGGCACUGCGCACGGCGCUGCUGCUGCUGCCGCCGACGUUUAGCGAGCGCGAGCUGUACAGCACCAUCGCGGCCAUCUCGUACCUGGGCGACCCGCGCAUGCAGCUGCCGACGGAGAAUCCGCGCAAGGUGGCCAAUAUUGUCGACCACAACAUGGCCAACUUCCGUCGUCUGUAUGCGCCGCUGAUCGCCACGCUGCCGAAUGCGGCCUUUGCUGAUGCGCGCUGUGCCCAGCUCGGCUGGCUUGACGACGACGACGCCGACCUGCGUCUGGUCCAGGACAUGGAUCCCGUGCGGCGUGCCAACAUGGUCCGCCGUCUGCCCAAGGCUUUCCGCGAGCGGCUCUACUUCCAGUACCAGAAGAAGCUGGCCAUCCCGCGUGUCGAGUUUGACGCCAUGAUGGCCAGCUCACGCGCUGAUGCUGCCGCAGCUGGCUUCAAGCGCCAGCAGGGCGGCAGCUUUGAGCGCCGCAUCGUCGAGGACGAUCCCGACGAGCUGCGCCGCAACGUCCGCCACGUCAUCCGCCAGACGGUCCACUGGCCCAGCACGACGCAGAGCCUGAAGAGCGUGGUCACCGCCGGGAUUCCGCGGUCGGUCCGCUACAUGGGCGAGAAGUGGGACAAGUGGCAGCAGGGCCGGAAGGAGAAGGGUGAGGAGGUAGGCAGCAGUCCUGUGACGAGCGAGAAGCCAGGCGAAAGCGAAAACAACAAACAAGAAAAUAAAUAG